UUUACGGAAGUUGAAGACAACGCAACACUUAAAAAAGAUACUAUUGAAUUUAAUUUGAAAUAAAAAGAGGAUACCUUUACCAACAUGAAGUGGCUGGUACUGAUUAGUGUUUUGGUGGUUCUGUCGCAGUGCUCGGCGAAGAACAUAAAAAUCCACCGUCGUCCUCAGUUGAACCAUCACUUGGGCCAUGUGAAGCCCGAGACUCGGGUGAUUGGAGGCAUCGAUUCCCCCACUGGAUUUGCCCCCUACCAGGUGUCCAUCAUGAACACCUUUGGCGAGCAUGUCUGCGGUGGCAGUAUCAUUGCGCCCGAAUGGAUCCUCACCGCCGCCCACUGCAUGGAGUGGCCCACCCAGUACCUGAAGGUGGUCACCGGCACCUCGGACUACACGAAGCCCGGAGCGGAGUAUAUGGUGGAUGGUGCCAAGAUCCACUGCGGUCACGACAAGCCGGCCUAUCACAACGACAUUGCCCUUAUCCAUACGGCCAAGCCGAUAGUCUAUGAUUCACUGACCCAACCCAUCCGACUGGCCACCAAGGGCAGUCUGCCCAAGGUGGGUGACAAGCUGACCCUGACUGGCUGGGGCAGCACCAAGACCUGGGGCAGGUAUGCCACCCGGCUGCAGAAGAUCGAGCUGAACUACAUCGAGCACGACAACUGCGCGACGCGGGUGCGCAAUGCUAACUGGCUGAGCGAAGGACACGUCUGCACCUACACCCAGGAGGGUGAGGGAUCCUGCCACGGUGACUCCGGUGGUCCUCUGGUGGACGCCAACCAGACCCUCGUCGGCGUGGUCAACUGGGGCGAGGCGUGCGCCAUCGGCUAUCCGGAUGUCUUCGGUUCGGUGGCCUACUACCGCGACUGGAUCGAGCAGAUGAUGACCGCUGCGGGCACCGCCUGCUAAAGGUCCCAGAGUCACCCGAGGGGGGCAAAAGCCAAAAACGAACAAAAACAGCAUAGGUGCUGCCAUUUUAUGGCACUGGCCAAAUGAUCAAAUUAGCCCGUAAAUUUUAUCACUCAGAUAUCGAGCCCCAAAAUUAUUUAUGAACAAAUAAAUAAGCAAUUGCGCUUCACUUUUAACUUAA